AAUGUGGGAAGAACGUCUCCUCACUCUGGCUUUUUGGGUUGUUUUCCUCAGAUGUUUUUUUAAGAAAUAGCAGAAAUUUUUCAGAAACAUUUCUAGUUUUAUCCAGAAUUUUAUUAUAUUUUUAUUAUGCUGUAUGUGAUCAUUUCAUAAUCAAAUCAAGUUACACAUAACGUUUGUUCCUAAACCUACAGAGUCACUCCACAGAAUUUAAGAGGUGUUUUUCCCUCCGUUACUUCAACAUUUCUGGAAAGUUUACAUUUCCAGCCUUCUCCCACAGUUUGCCCUUUUGCUGGGUGACUGUAGCACUCUCCCAGAUUCCAGAAAAACCCCAGGAGGGUGCUCCGGGCCGGCUAGUCUGCUCAGUGCUGCUUUGCUGGCUGGUGAAGGGGCCUGGGGGAGGCAGACCCUUCCCCAGGGAACACAGGGUCAGGGUUCGGGUUCAUGCCAUGGAGUGCUAGGCAAGGCCACAUCUGUAAUUAACUGGGAGGUAGACCUUAUGUCAUGGGUCCUAAGACACUUUUUCCACAGUUAACAUCUCUGAAAUCAAAGUACUGAAAGUGUAGCCUGGUUUGAUUGACAACAAUUUUUUUCUCUCUUAGUGGUUUAUACAAUAAGUGACUUACAAUGAAGAGCAUCUUAAAUUCAGUAACAUGCAUAUGCCAUGUCAAAAUCUGCCGUGAAGAUAUCCUUGGACUUACUCUCCAAUCCCCUCUGUGAGCAAGACCAGGACCUUCUGAACAUGGUGACGGCCCUGGACAUGGCCAUGAAGCGGAUGGAUGCCUUCAAUCAGGAAAAGGUGAACCAGAUCCAGAAGACGGUGAUCGAGCCCUUAAAAAAGUUCGGCAGCGUCUUCCCGAGCCUCAACAUGGCAGUGAAGCGGCGGGAACAGGCCUUGCAGGACUACAGGAGGCUGCAGGCCAAGGUGGAGAAGUAUGAGGAAAAGGAGAAGACGGGGCCAGUGCUGGCCAAGCUCCACCAGGCACGAGAGGAGCUGCGGCCUGUGCGGGAGGACUUUGAAACCAAGAACAGGCAGCUGCUGGAGGAGAUGCCGCGCUUCUAUGGCAGCCGCCUCGACUACUUCCAGCCCAGCUUCGAGUCCCUCAUCCGAGCUCAGGUUGUGUACUACUCGGAAAUGCACAAGAUCUUUGGAGACCUGUCCCAUCAGCUUGACCAGCCAGGCCACUCCGACGAGCAGCGGGAGCGGGAGAACGAGGCCAAACUCAGUGAGCUCCGGGCCCUCUCCAUUGUGGCCGAUGACUGAAUCCCCAUCACUCUUGGAGGACUCCUGUGACGUGGUCAGCCUCACUCAUCCUUGCUCUUCUCAGGGCUAGCUGCUCCUCUCACAGGCCGGGGACAGAGGUGGCCCUGGUUCACUUGCCGGCCCUUUGCAAUGAAUGACUCUUCCUGAGCCUGGCACCAGGAGCCCUAGGCAGGCCGCCGUCUCCCCACUCACAGCCCCAGCAGGUAAGCAGUGUAGACAAACCCUUGGCGCUUUUUUAUUUGGAGAACCGUCCAGCAUGCAUCCUGGCCCGUGGCCUGAGCAAGCUGCAGCCCUUCUGAGGCCAUGGGCUUUGUUGGCUAAGUUGGGGGUCAUAGCCUUGUACGCGUCGUGGGCAUCAAAUCUACCUCCAAAAGACCCAUCUUGGGGAGCCCUCUGGCCCCUCGUUGCCUUUUCACUUCAAAACCUCUUUUUUCUGGGAGAGGCCCUGAACCCUGCGUGGGAGAGCUGGUCCUCCAGCCCUGGCAGGCCCUCAGCCAGCUUCCCAGCAAGACAAAAGCCACUCUUGUGGCUUUGGGACCCAAGUGGUUGGGGUUCCCGAGGUCACUGAGAACUGGUACCUUGGGAACCCAAACUGUCAGUGGAACUGUCCCACCACACAGGAUGUCCCACAAGAAUUCACAGGUCUCAAAGCACGAACAGUGGGUUUGUGUCUCACCUGAGUAUUUGGAAUUCUAUUUUUUCAAGUAAAAUUUUCAGUGAAACGUC